UUCUUUGCACUCAGAGGACCUGCAAAACAGCUCCGUUCCGAUUGCGGUACAAAUUUCAUUGGAGCAUGCAAGGAGCUUGGAAUGGACAAAAUGGUGCAGCGGUACCUCAGUGAACAAGGAUGCAGCUGGGAAUUCAACCCACCACAUAGUUCUCACAUGGGAGGCUCGUGGGAGCGUAUGAUUGGCAUUGCCAGAAGAAUCUUAGAUUCAAUGUUUCUGCAGCUGAACACUCGCUUAACCCAUGAUGUUCUUUGUACACUGAUGGCAGAAGUUACUGCUAUCAUUAAUGCACGACCACUCUUACCCGUCUCUGCAGACCCGGAACAGCCUUUCAUACUUUCACCAUCAAUGCUUCUUACCCAGAAGACAGGAGUUCCACCUCCUCCUGGAGACUUCUCAGACAGGGACCUGUACACAAAGCAAUGGAGACAAGUUCAGGCUCUUGCAAACCAGUUCUGGACCCGUUGGAGCCGUGAAUACUUACCUUGCUUGCAGCAAAGACAGAAGUGGACAGUACCUCGCAAAAACCUUCAAGUUGGAGAUGUAGUUCUGCUCAGGGACAAGCAGAUAGCCCGCAACUGCUGGCCUAUGGCUAGAAUCACUGCCAUAUUCCCUGGACUGGAUGGUCAUGUAAGAAAAGUUGAGGUAACUACAAGUGAUCAAGGCAAUUUAAAAACAUUUCUAAGGCCAAUUGCAGAAGUUGUUCUACUUCUACCCAAAGACUGAUCUAGAGGUUAAGGUUCAACACUCUAACAAGUUCAUAGUGACCUCACUUAGGUCAGGCGGGGAGUGUGUUGCCCUUUAAGAAAUUUAACUUUUAAACAUCUGGUUUAUUUUUGUUGAUACAUAUUCUCAGAUAAAAUUAGAAGUUCAUAAUUACUUUUUGGUUUAUCUACCUCAUUUGUAAAAAUGUAUAUUAUUUGUUACAUGAUGAUGUCACUUCCUGUUUGGUCACUUCCUGUCAGUUGUUCCUGGUCCUACUUGAAAACAUGAGACAGUCAUCGUGUGCUCUCACUUUCAAUCCAUUGCAUCCACUUUAAUACUUCAUAGAGGCAAUGCCUUUUCACCGCAACAUGUUUAUGAAAAGAGAGUGACAGUAAAUGAUCAACCUUACUACGACUCUGUCUUCAUUGGCUGUGGUUUAACUUGGUGUUUAGUCAGAGUUUCAACACAC